AUUUGCUCCUACCAUCCAUCUUAGCGUAGCUUAUUAUAAUUAGCUUUCAUAUAUAUACCAAGUAUAUAGUUUCGAUCUCCAUUCUCCAUCAUCUAUCUAUCUAUCACCAUUGGGAUCGGAGGUCGAUCGAUCCGUACUUAUUAGCUUCCAAAUAAUUAUUGAAAAAUGGCGAGACCAAUUGGAUUUUGCAACUAUAUUUAUGUUCCGAUGUUUAUACUAUCCUCGGCCGUCGGCAGCCUCGUGGCAGCAGCCGCCGGUUUGAUAGGCAAAACUUGUUCCAACAACCUUAUAAACCUCAGAGGCUAUUUUAUCGGAUGCGCAGUUGCAAUUUUUGUGAUUGGCUGCCUACCCUACUUCUUAAUAACAAAAACAAGCUGUUGUGGUAUGGACAAAGGGAGAGGUGCAGAUAAUAUCGCCCUCCGCCUGCUGUUGGGGCUGCUGUUACUGGCCAUGAUUGCUGUCCUCAUAAUCCUGGCGGUUAAGCUGCCCCGGAGAGCUGGGGCAGCUGGAUUCCCCGACCAGGAUAGCGCCGCCGCUCACAAAGAAUACAGUCUGGAUCAGUUCCCCACCUGGCUUCGUAACACGGUACUUAGCAAGUGGGACGAUUCCGUCCCAAAUUGUCUCGCUCGUUCCGUUCCCUGCAGUGCCUUGGAUACCCCCUAUUACUCCUCCUUCCAAAUACUGUCAACUGCGCCCCUCACACCUUUACAGUUUGGAUGUUGCAUGCCACCACAAAGUUGUAACUUCACUUUUGUGCGCCCAACAUAUUGGAUAAGCAAUCAAACAUCAUCUCUAAGCGGCGACUGUUCAAGAUGGAACAACGAUCCAGACAAACUUUGCUUUAAUUGUGAUUCUUGCAAAGCAGGAGUAAUAGCUCAUAACUCAAAAAGUUUGAAAAUAGUAAACAAUCUUGUAUUAGGUGCCAUUGUGAUGUGUGCUGUUUAUUUCAUUUACUUUUUUUGUUUAUGCUCGAUUAUUUGUAAAUUAGAAGGGUAGCAGAAUAAGAAUGAGAAAAUUAUCCCUCGUGUUAUUAAAACUACAUGUCUUUCCCAUUCUAUGACUAUACUAGUUAUUAUUCCUAUAAUAACAUCUUAAUAAUGUGC